UUUUUUCGACCUUCGAAUAAACACCAUCAACCAUGUCUCCUUACACCGUGUUGGUCCUCUGCGUCCAGAUUUGCCUGAUCCAAUCAGUGAUGAGCCAGCGCUGCUGCGGCUCCAGCAGCAGCUACGGUUCCAGCAUCGGCUACGGGUCCAGCUCCGGCAGCAGCUGCGGCUCGUACGGCGGGCAGGGCUGCGGACAGGUGGGCGCGGCCGGCACCAUCGACGCGUGCGGCACCACCUGCGUCACCGGCGCCGUGCCCGUGCUCGGCUCCGUCUGCUUCGACGGCUGCGCGCCCGCAUGCGGCUCCGUCUCUAUUUGCGGACAGUGCGGAUGCGGAUGCAACUAAACAGUUUUACCAU